AUGCAAAACUAUUACCAGGAACACCACUCUCUUAUCACUGAUGAUGAAUCACAGGAGACAAAGAAUGAUCUUCUCUUACAGCUCACCUUUGUCGGCACACUUUCCAUCCUUUUCUCUAAUUGCAUGGGUCCAGCUGCUCAAUUUCUUUUGGGAGCUUUUGGCACUAAAAUCGUUGCUGUCAUUGCAGGUGCUCUUACCACAUUGGGAAUGCUUUUGGCAAGCUUAUCAACAAAGAUCUAUCAACUCUACUUGUCUCAAGGCGUAUGCUUUGGUUCUGGUGUUUCGAUCAUGUAUAUAACAGUCAUCAAUUGUACCUUGCCCUACUUUGAACAUCAACGAGGACUUGCAAUGGGUAUUCUUGCCGGUGCAACUGGUGCUGGUGGCCUCUUGAUAUCUCAACUUGUAACAGUAAUUAAUAGCAGCCUCGGCCCACAAUGGACGUAUCGGGUGUUGGCAUGUCUUUGUUUACAAUGCAAUGCUUUGUUAUGCCUCAUUCUCAAAGACAAAGAGCCCAGCCAUGAAACGGUCGCCCAUCGAUCAUUUAAGCGGACCCACGUGUCGGAUUUGUUGAGAAACCCAUUAUUCACAACAUGGACCAUUGCAGCUGUGGUACAAUUGCUUGGGUACUUUGUACCCCUUUAUUAUCUUCCAGCAUAUGCACGCCAUAUUGGAUUGUCGGAUGCACAAGGAUCCUCUCUGAUUACAAUAAGCUCUGCAAUGAAUUUCCUUGGCCGUAUUGCUUGUGGAUUCAUCGCUGAUGUUUUGGGAUCGUUGACCACCAACGUUACCUUUUUGCUUAUAGCAGCGUUAUCCAACCUGCUGGUAUGGAUGUUUGCAAGCACGUACCCGAUCCUGAUUGUCUUUGCGAUAUUGUUUGGAGCAACCGGAGGAUCCUAUUUUUCGCUAGUCCCCUCGAUUACGGAUGAACUUUUGAAUCCAGAGCAAUUUUCCACAGGGUUGUCAAUCGUGACACUUUCCACGUGUAUCGCUGCAUUCGGGCCGAAUAUUGCAGGCUUGCUAGAUUACAUUGAUCAUGCAGAGCCUUUUCUCGCUUGUAAGCUCUUUGCCGGUCUUGCUUUUAUUGUAGCCUUUUUCAUCAUGCUAGCUUUACGAUUAUGCAUGGAUCGCCAUUUUACAGUCAAAUUGUAA